UUUGUUGUGGCUUGUAGUGGUCAUACAGCUGAUUUCCAAUACCUUACACCUACCCGUGACAUCGCCCGUGACAUCCGUCAAUGACUCUUCAUUCAGCUCGACUUGCAGAUUGGUUACCUACUGUCGCUUAUUUUGAUGACGACUACUACCUCCCUUCGUCAAUAGCGAUGAUUGAAUGAAUAUUAUCACUUUUGAGGUAGGACCUUGACUACCUGCUGCAUCUACGCGACCAACCCACUUCCUUCAGCUACGGCCGUUUGUUCUAGAGAAGAUUCGUUUGCAGGUGUACAUCGAGGUAUUACAGGUGCUACGGUAGACAACUACCUAUCGCAUUCGAGCAAACAUGGACCGAUUACGUGCAUUCUUCCAGAAGAGAGAGGAUGGCCAAGAGUAUCAGCCAUUGAACGAGGAAACGCAAUCUAUCGAAGGUCCUCCCGAGCAUCACGAGCCCGAUGGCACGCCGUUCUCAUGGAUCGAAUAUAGCAUCUUCGCCUUGCUUGGCGUCGCGAUGCUAUGGGCUUGGAACAUGUUCCUUGCAGCGGCGCCAUACUUCCAGAUUCGAUUCCAAGAUGACGAUUGGAUCCUUGACAACUUCCAGUCGGCGAUUAUAUCAGUGUCGACGCUUGGGAACCUAGGAGCGAUGAUCGUUUUGACCAAUAUCCAAUACACAGCUUCUUACCCAUUCCGGAUAAAUCUCGCGCUUUAUAUGAACGUCGUCGUUUUUGCUUUAUUAACAGCCUCGACCGUUAUGUUCCUCGAUGCUUCGUCCUCAGGAUAUCUCGCAUUUCUUUUGAUUAUGGUAGGAUUUACAUCUUGGGCGGCCGGGUUGAUACAGAAUGGUGCAUUUGCAUUUGCUGCGAGCUUUGGAAGACCGGAAUACAUGCAAGCUAUCAUGGCUGGACAAGGUGUCGCUGGUGUUCUUCCUGCAUUGGUUCAAGUCAUUUCAGUUCUCGUCGCACCGCCGGCCGAUGCGACCGCUGGAGUAAAAGAAGAGGCUUCAACAGGGAAUGGGAAAGCAGCAUUCAUCUACUUCCUCACCGCCGUAAUUAUAUCUAUCGUAGCGCUCGUGGCUUUUAUACCGCUGGUUCGACGUCACAACCGCAUCGUCGAGAAUCGGAUGAUGGAACAUAUGGCUACAUCCAUGACGAGUAUCGAAUCUGCAGAACGCGCAGCGCGCAAGGUCGUCAGCAUGCUGACCCUGUUCAGAAAGUUGCAUUGGUUGGCAGGUGGGGUCUUCAUGUGCUUCGCCGUCGCUAUGUUUUUUCCCGUCUUUACGCCCAAGAUAUUAUCGGUUACACCACCGGAUGAUGCAAGCUUACUCCUACAGCCUGCCGCGUUCAUACCGCUUGGAUUUUUCUUUUGGAAUCUAGGCGAUCUCGGAGGGAGAACUAGUUCAUUGUUUCUUCCCCUCCGCGAAAGGCCUGGUUUAUUAUUCGUCGCGAGUAUUGCGCGGUUAAUAUUCCUACCGCUAUAUGCGUUGUGCAACCUCCACGGGAAGGGGGCCGUUAUCAAUAGCGAUGUAUUCUACCUUCUAAUUGUCCAAUUCCCGUUCGGUUUUACUACGGGAUGGUUAGGCUCUAACUGCAUGAUGGCUGCUGGGGAGUGGGUUGAGGAAGGAGAGCGUGAAGCUUCCGGUGGGUUUAUGGGAUUGGCACUUGUGGCUGGGUUGGCCUUUGGUAGUCUGCUGAGCUUCACUGCCGCUGGGAUAUAACGGGUGGCGAAUGACAAGAAGCGAGAAACAAGAAUUUCACUCAAUUAAAUCAAUUAUAUAGAGGGGGAUCUAUAUUACCUUUGGUAUCGGGCGUUUUUACGGGUAAGGAUGGAGCCGAUAGAUCUCACCUAAGUUGAUAUCAGUCAGUUCUUAUGAACGAGUGAAAAAAAAAAAAAAAUGAAUGCCUAAUGGUAUUAUCACGAGUAUUAUGAUUAUUUGCUUCCUUGGGAUGUUACCUACAACAUGUACUUCCUCUUGUACUACGGACUACAAAAAAAUACCUAGCAGCCUACGUAACUAUGUAGGUAGGUGAAAGCGUUCAGGGUUCUCAGGGUCAAUGAGUGAGCGCCCAGGUAUAUAGGGUAGAUACAUACCCGAGGGGGUGGAUAAUUAGAUCGUCCUGCAGGUGUAAGUCAACGAAUGACAGGGCUUGUAUCGUAUUUCACGAUAUUCAAUCAGUCAUUACCAGGUCAUUACUUUGGUACCUAUGGAGAUCUACGGUGGUUUUUUGGCAGUUCUGG